AUGGAUGAGAAAUUCGAAGUGAAGCAUACCCAGUAUGUGUCAAAGAAGAGAACAAGCCCUUUGUUAAAAGUGUUGGCUUGGGUGUCGGCAAUUGGACUUGUGUUUUACUUUAACAUUUUCAACACCCCAUUCUUUAGAAGCAGCAAUAAUCCCGAACUCGACCCGGAGCAAGUUAUUUUGGACUCACUUAAAGUAAACUUAGCCUCCGACUGGUCAAAAAAGUAUACAGCUGAACCCCAUUUGGCUGGAACUAACUAUGGCUUAGUAGAAUGGACAGAAACAAAGUUUAAGGAGUUUGGAUUUGAAACCACAAUUGAUCCUUAUGAGAUUUUAGUUAGCUACCCAAAAGAUCAUGAUUUGAAAUUGCUCGACUCCAAAGGCGAAAUUAUAUACACUGCGCCAUUAAAAGAGGACGUCAUCGAUGAAGACUCAACCACUCAUAAUGACACUAUUCCCACAUUUUUGGGCUAUGCAGCAAAUGGAAAUGUUACAGGCCAGUACAUUUAUGCCAAUUAUGGUACCAAGAAGGAUUUUGAGCUUUUGAAAGAAAAUGGUAUUGAUGUUAAAGGAAAGAUCGUUGUUGUUCGUUAUGGCAAAAUUUUCCGUGGAUUGAAAGUCAAAUUUGCUCAAGAUCUAGGAGCUAUCGGUGUUUUGAUUUACUCUGAUCCGGGUGACGAUUAUGGGUUGACUCCUGCCAAUGGGUACGAUCAAUACCCUAAGGGUCCUGCUAGACAAGAAAGUUCUGUUCAACGUGGAAGUGUUCAGUUUCUUGGAGGAGAAGGAGCUGCACCUGGUGAUCCAACUACCCCAGGAUACCCAUCCAAACCUGAUGCUGAGAGAAAAGAUCCUCAUGAUAGCAUUGGUAAUAUACCUGUUUUGCCCAUUUCAUACCGUGAAGUCAAACCAAUUUUGCACAAAUUGAAUAAACAUGGUGUCAAAAUUGACGGUUUCAAAGGCGAAUUAGAGGGAUUCGACUACUCUACAGGGCCUUCAAAGUACGAGUUGAACUUGUACAAUGAACAAGACUACAAGAUCACUACUUUGUGGAAUGUUUAUGGCGAAAUCAAAGGCGAAAAGUCCAACGAGGUGAUUAUUGUUGGAAAUCAUAGGGAUGCUUGGAUCAAGGGAGGUGCCGGUGACCCAAAUAGUGGCUCGGCAUCGUUAUUGGAGGUGGCUCGUGCAUUAGGAGAUUUAAAGAGGGCUGGACACAAAUUCAAGAGAACUAUUGUUUUGCAAAGUUAUGAUGGAGAAGAGUACGGAUUGUUGGGUUCAACCGAGCAGGGUGAAUACUUUGCCAAGAAAUACCAACGCGAGGUAGUUGCUUACUUAAAUGUGGAUGUUUCAGUCAGUGGGAAGAACUUGAAGUUGGAAUCUUCGCCAGUGUUGAACGAUUUAAUCUUUGAAACCGCUAAAAAGUUGGAGUACCCGGAAGGAGGCAGCUUGUAUGAACAUUAUGUAAAGAGCCAUAAGGGUGAACACAUCCCAACUUUGGGCAGUGGGUCUGAUUACACUGUCUUUUUAGAGCACUUGGGUAUUCCAUCACUUGAUUUUGGUUUUGUUGGUGGUAAAGGUGAUCCAAUAUACCAUUACCAUUCAAACUAUGACUCCUACCAUUGGAUGGAAAAAUUUGGCGACAAAAAGUUUGUCUACCACAAUUUAGCAGCCAAGUAUUUAGCUUUGUUAACAUUAGGUUUGAGUGAGAGAGAGGUCAUUCAUUUUAACCUCCAUGACUAUGCAAAAGGGUUAUUGGAGUACUACAAAGCGACUAUCCGUAGUGUCCCAAAGAAAUGGUUUGACAAAAAGGUUGAGGGACAUGAUAGACAAUUUGAUUUGGAUGAGUACAACUACAUCGAUGAUAUUACUCAAGGCCACUUUUCUUAUCCAAUUUGCAAGCCUAUGCAAUUGGGAUUGACCAAUGCAAAUGCCCAUCAUCCUCACCACCAUCACAAUAAGACCUUAGGAGACUUGAUACACCAUACCCAUCAUCAAUUGAAAUUCCUUGCUAAUUCAACAGAAAAAUAUGAUUUCGAAUCCAAGGAAUUGCAAAAGCUGCAUGAUUUGUAUGAUGAGUUGCCACUUUGGAAAAAAAUCAAGUUGCAUUUUCAAAUCAAAGCUCACAACAAGGGUUUGCAAUAUUUCGAACGUAACUUUUUACACUCAAAGGGUUUACAUAAGAGACCAUGGUUUAAACAUAUCGUUUUUGCCAGUGGUAGAUUUACUGGAUAUGCUGGACAAAACUUGCCAGGGUUGAAUGAAGCCAUUGAAGACGGCGAUUUCGAUAGAUUUGUCGAUUGGUUACAAAUUUUUGAAAGUACUGUUUCUAGAGUAGCAAACAUUUUGUUACAUUGA